CUCCAUCACCUACUCGCGCAGCCUACACCGCAAAAUAUUGCAUUAUACUUUAUUCUGAUGCAACUUGGUCAAUCAUAACCUCUGACUCACGCUCCUAGGUCCUCGCGUUUCAUUCUUGGUAUUCUUCAGCGUCUUUUAAUCACUUCAAGAUGACGAAAAUCGAAAGAGCUUCAGAUACGGAAUCCAUCGCUGAUGAUAAUCUCUCUGUCGUCUGCAUGGCGCCGGAUUCGCCGGAUUCAUCUGUGGCGUCAUUGUCAAGUGAACCCAUGGAUCGAUUAGUUGAGCUAGAAUCCAUUGUCGACCAAAUGCGCACCUUCAUAUCCAGUGACAACCGUCAGAAUAACGUUCGCAGCUACCUCGAAAUUGCUUGUAAAGACGAGCAAAUUGAAGAUGCAGUCUAUGCUCUUGGCACUAUAUUUUAUCUGAAUUUUAACGACCCCCGUGGUCGUUGGCACGUUCGGUUCACCCUCUCGGCAGAUGCUCCUACUGUCGUAGACGAAGACGAGGUCAGGCAGAUCAUAUAUGGAGAUCUUCUCCACACUCCCAUUCGGGCUCUGGCAAAGAAGCUGCGACUAUGGAUAGCAGAUCCAAAUGGGGCGGAGUCAAUCCGGGUUCAAAAGGUCGCAAGGAUACAAGAACUGUGCUGGCAGUUUAAAUUACAGGUGACUGCCGAGAAGGACGGGGUUCUCUUAACCAAAUCCCGGAAGUUCAAGGGGCCUUCUACCGUGAUUGAUGAGAAGAAGGUGGAAUCAGUCUUGAGGGAGAAGAGGAAAAAGGCUGUGACUUUAGAGAAGCGCCUCUUUUUGAAGACGCAUCGCGCCACAGCUCCAACCCCCUCGCAGUCUGCCAGUAAAGGUCCCCUCUCCAGUCUUCACUCUAUCACAAACGAGCUUCGUUCGUUUGUUGCCGACACUGAUGGACCCCGCUCCAUGACUAUCUCCAAGAGUUCAUUUUCACCAGAAGUAUAUCAGCUCGCUGCCGUAUUUUCCCUCGCUGUCACACCAGAAUCGGAUGCCAUUGUCUUGACCAAACAAACCCAGGGUCCCUUCGUUGUCAGCGAGACCAGAUUAGCCGAUGUUCUCAAUAGGAAUGGGAAGAGGCCCAGAGGGGGGAGUGACGAUGGUGCAGAAAUGCCUCCAGAAUCACCGCUGCCGUCAGAUGGAGAGGAAACGGGCCCUGCCACUAGUGAAUCUCGGCAUGAGACUCACAAUCUUGAGCAGGAGAUUCGGAAAUUUGUCCUCGAUGCCCAAGGUCCGACGUCGAUGACGCUGUACUGUCCAAACAAUGCUAAGUCGCUCGCCGUGUUCUUGCUUGCCCAUGCCUUCAAGCUCAUUUAUUCUGAGACACCUGGAAGACCAUAUGCCCAAUUGACCCGAACAGCCAACAGCACGCGUCAGAAUAUCGAUGAAGUGUCAGUGAAGCGAUUGUUGAAGGAGAGCCAUCCCAGCUUCCGAGCUGCACAGCUUAUCGAUGGAGAUUCCAAACGAGUAUCCGAUAUCAAGGCGUUCGAGCAGUGCUUGCGCGCGUUCCUUGACGAUGUGGAAGCUAAAGCUUUCUCAAUUCCAGCCACGACAGAUCCACGAGUCACAGCUCUGGCCAAAGCGUUUCAUCUCAAAGUCAAUCAGAAUGGGGAUUGGAUGAUACUCCACAGGAAAGUUAAAGGCCGGCAGGCUAUCAGCGAGAAGAAGUUGGCGAGAGUCCUUGCGAUGCCCGAACGAAGGCGUAAGAAGCAGAAGACGACUAUCUCUGCCCCAUCUUCGUCUGCGGAAGACUUCCCGGAUAUAGAGCUCCCUGCACUAUCUCUUUGGCUGAGGGCGUUUGUGAAUAAUGCUCAGGGACCUUUGGAAAUGACGAUCCCUCCAACAAGUCAGAAGACUCAGGAGGACGUCACCAAGCUAGCUGCUGCAUUUGGCUUGGACGCUGCCUUUAAUAAUGGGUUCACCAAUCUUAGAAAGACUGGGAGAGGUGUAGAUGAAUGGAAGGUAGUACAAUUGACGGGUGUCUUGUGACGACCACAACGAUUCUUCAAAGGCCAACGGCCCUCUGUUGAGGACGUUAUCGCGUGGCGGCUGCCAUCCCCAAUAGAACAGCCUGGCCUAGCCGAAGAUUCCAACAAGAAGCUUAAACUGUUUCCCUGCAUGAGCCUUGAAGUGUACCAUUGGCUACAGACUCCGUCUUUUACGUCGCAUUGCAUUAUG